UCUCACGCCGCACACCCUCACUUUCUACUAUCUUUGAUUUGCUCAAUCUCUGACACUUGUUGGAGAUCCAUGUGUUUCCGAGAGUCGCUCUGCAGUUUACCUUGUUACCGGCUGAUGAAGAAGGGGAUACAUUCGGUGACACAGGUUGGCCUCUGGGGGGAUACAAACUAAGGCAACAAAACCUGUUCAGCACGCGACUUGUUCCCUGUGCCUCGGGCAGAGUUCAGAGCAGGUGAGGUGCUUUUCAUCUCAUUGGUGGACAAGGAAGGACGUUGUGAACCCAUAUUCUACACGGAGGGACUUGCUCCACCUGUUGAGUGAAGGAACUCCAGCGAUUGAAGAGGCUUCCCCAAACUUGUCUUCAGAGAGAGUUCUGGGCGAUGGACUGCUGAACGUCUUCCGCAUCGCUACGAACUGAGAGCCGAGUGACCGACAGGACGGACAGACAUGGGGAAGCAAAACAGCAAGCUCCGCCCCGAGGUGAUGCAGGACCUCCUGGAAAGCACCGACUUCACCGAACAUGAGAUCCAGGAGUGGUACAAGGGCUUCCUGAGGGACUGCCCCAGCGGGAACCUCUCCAUGGAGGAGUUCAAGAAGAUCUACGGGAACUUCUUCCCUUACGGUGACGCCUCCAAGUUCGCCGAGCACGUCUUCCGCACGUUCGAUGCCAACGGCGACGGGACAAUAGACUUUCGGGAGUUUAUCAUCGCGCUGAGCGUGACUUCGCGCGGCAAGCUGGAGCAGAAGCUGAAAUGGGCAUUCAGCAUGUACGAUCUUGACGGAAACGGGUACAUCAGCAAAGCCGAGAUGCUGGAGAUUGUGCAGGCCAUCUAUAAGAUGGUGUCGUCUGUGAUGAAGAUGCCCGAGGACGAGUCGACGCCCGAGAAGAGGACGGAGAAGAUCUUCAGGCAGAUGGACACCAACAGAGACGGUAAGCUGUCUCUGGAGGAGUUCAUCAAGGGGGCGAAGAGCGACCCCUCCAUUGUCCGCCUGUUGCAGUGCGACCCCAGCAGCGCCGGACAGUUCUAAUACCCGAGGACAUCGACACAACCUGUGCUUCUUUUGAGGGACUCCACAUGCACCGAAUUCUCCACCCAGACUGGAGCAGACUGACGAUGAAGACGACAUGCCUUCAACUUGCACUGAGGAUGUCAAGGAUGGGCACAGGAGCCAAAUCCUUCCUUCCCCACCCCUUCCCCCUUUGAGCUUUUCAUCAAAACCCUCCAAACCCCACUGAUUGUAGUUGACCAGGAUCCCUCGGUUCUCCUAUCGGCAUGUCAGAGUAUAGAGAAGGCCGGCAGCAGGUUGUGUAUAUACAGUUCAAAGUGGAGUCUCUGUAUCCCUGUCUUUGAUUGGCUCUCCGGUUGGGGCAACACAGAGCCUCUGUCUCCUUAAUGUGUACCGUAGGCAGAGUGUGUGCAUGAGACACCAUGAGAGGGAGAGGGUGGUGUUGAAUAACAGGACAUACUGUAGGUGAGAUUAUUUAAUCUGCAGAGAGGAUGGUGAAGUGUGUCCUUCACUCAGAGCGAUUACUGCUUUUUCUUUUCUUUUCCUUUUCUCUUUUCUACUGUGAGAAAGUGUACGUGUGUUUGUGCAUGUUACAAACUUUUUUUGUGCUGGGACAAAAUUACAUGUAAUACUAUGCUAUUAUGGAUAAGUGCCCUCAUCAGUAGUUUAGAUUUUUGUGAAGUCUCACAGAUUUUAUGAAGUAUGAAACGCAUUCUUUUAUCCACCAUCGGUUCCAGUGAUUUUUUUUUUCAUACCUGCAAGAAUGUGACGGGGAGCUUUGGAAAUGUGGCGGUGUGUUACUGUGCUGUGACUUCAGGAGAAUAGAGGAGGAGUCUUCAAAGUAUUUCAGUACAAUGUAGAUAUAUUAAAAGCACCUAAAUUUGUAAAAGCUUUGGACUGCCGAGCUCAUAACAGACGUGGUGAAAAGAGGUCAAGCAUGCAAACCACACAUUAACCACGUUAAGAACGGACACUCGUCUUCACGCUCAAAUGUUCUUAAAUGCCGCAUGACAAACCGUCGGUGUAGGGGUGGAAGACUAAGCAACACGUAUGCAUGUGGCUUGUGAGCAUGUGUCUUUCAAAUGUGUUUGUGGGUUUCAGAGAGGCUGAGCGGACCGCCGGUCCGGCCCGAGCCCACUUCCUGUACGUUGGUGUCGUCUGCGCUGGCGGUGCCAGUACUCCGUGUUACUGACAGCCAAAGGCGGCACCUCUGAACGUGAAAAACGUCAUGCAGAGAACAAAAGGAGAAGCUUUACAAAUGGGCCACCACGCACAAACAAGCUGUACAUUUAGAGGGCCCAGGGGGGGGGGUGCUGGGUAGUCAAAGCUGGGAGCUUUUUUUUCUUCCUCUUUCAGUUGAGCUCAACGUUUAAAUCACCAAUUGUGUACACUGAGAAGUGUAUUAUUUAACAGCACACUUUCUAUCGACUGCAAUGUGCAGUUAUCAGUACCAAGUAAAGUAAAUGAGGCGCUUUCAGGCUCUGAGCAGUAUACGGAGGCCCAUUAACGCAGCAGAAGGAUUCCAUAGACUUCUGAUGUUGGUCUCCCCUCACCACCCCCCUUCUCUCCAACACUAAUCUGUCACAGAAAAAAAAGAAGUUUUUAGGAAAGUUCCACUUGGACUUGUGGGACCCCCCCCCCCACCCACCAGUCCCUAAAUAUACCAGAACCCCUUCCGGGUAGUCCUCUGCCGUUUUUUCAAUUAGAAAAGCUUUGAAUGUUUUAAUGGAACUGUUUUUUGUGAAGGGAAAAAUGCAGAGAAAUAACACAAAGAAUCACAACUACUACAAUGAUACUGUCACCAUGUGUUGCUUUUAUUGUAUUUUUAUGAUAUCUUUUUUUUUUUAAAUAAAAAGCUAAAAAAUAAAAUAAAAAAAGCUACAUCAAGUGUAACAUUUCUGUUAAAACACAAAAUAGCAUCAUGUGGUCAAGUGCCAAAUAAAAACAAAACAGUAUUGUAUGACUUUAUACAGUACAAUUGUCAUCUGUAUUUGUAAUUGUUGCAUUUUGUAGGUUUUGUAUGGUAUCCUGUAUUUAGUGACUGCAGUUGUGGAACACAGGAUUCUGUAUUUUGGUCAACUUUUAAAAGCAAAAAUUAAAUUUACAAUUUAUUGUGUGAAACA